GAGAAGCGAGCAGCCUGUGACCUCUGUGCUGUGUACGUAGAGAGGAAAGAUGCUGGAACAGAGGUGUGAUUGUUCUGUUCCGCCCUCGGUAGCUGUGAACACUUGGCUCGUUUCAACGAGUUCACCUACAGAAUAGGGAGCGACCAAAUUGUCCAGGAAACGGAAUGUCGUUACAAACAAACAGUCUGUUACUGGGUGGAGACGUCGGGCGAUGGUAAACGGCUCGCCAACUAAUCGAAAUUAUUCUGUGUACGGUGGACAGGUUCGGUUUGUCCGCCUUCCAGCUACCUGCUGUAUGACAGUCGAUAUAUUCACCAGAAAACGAAAGGACCGGUGUUAAGCAGCCAGUUAGCUGGUUAUAGACACCGUGGUGGCGGUGACAGCCACGUCAGCUAGCUCAUAUCUCUCGGCUGUUACUGUGCGAGCACCUCCAGGCACUUGGUUUUGUAUUCUCAACAUUUAACAUAGUGGAUCUUACUUCAUCGAUGGCUCCGAUGGGUAUUCGGCUGUCACCGCUCGGUGUUGCGGUGUUUUGCCUUCUGGGAAUCGCCGUCAUCUACCACCUGUAUGCCGGGGUCAUCUCAAGCCGCCUGACCGCUUUCAGAGAGAGGAGAAAAGUGGAUCUGAGGGACUUGUUGGCUGUCUCAGUGGAGGCUGCAGUUCUAGGUGGCAGAGAGGUGAAGAAGGUACGUGAUGAAAAUAAUCUGAAGGAGAGGUCAAAGGGUAAGACAAAGGAGGGAGCCAGUGAGCUUCUGACUCUGGGUGACCUGGAGUCUCAUAGAAAGAUGUAUAACCUCAUAAGGAACACCUUCCCAGAUAUCAUGGUGAACAGUGAGGAACAUGACAACAUGGUGGAUAAGGCAGCGACUUGGAGCCGGGACAUUCCAGCUGACAUACUAGACAAGAUAGAGGGAGGCAAGGAUGUUCCUGCUGAGAGCAUCACAGUGUGGAUUGAUCCUCUAGAUGCUACACAGGAAUAUACAGAGAACCUUGUGAAGUAUGUGACCACGAUGGUAUGCGUGGCUUUAGAUGGUAAACCAGUCAUUGGGGUGAUACACCAGCCUUUCACUGAGUUCACUGCCUGGGCAUUUGUGGGUCAGGGAUCAAAUAUGCGUCCACGGUCGUCCUAUAGUGUAAGCCCUCCAAGUGUGAUUGUAUCACGUUCCCACUCUGGAAAAGUCAAAAAUUAUAUUCAUGAUGCUUUUGGAAACAGCACAACAAUCACAGAAGCAGGUGGAGCGGGAUAUAAGGUUCUGUCACUCUUGGACAUGCCUGCACAUGAAAUGGGUUCUAUAGACCAGGCAGAUGUUUACGUCCACAUCACCUUCAUUAAGAAAUGGGACAUCUGUGCUGGUGCAGCUCUACUAAAUGCACUGGGAGGCCACAUGACAACCCUAAAGGGACAGGACAUCGACUACAGCGGACCACCACUCAACAAAGGAGGACUGGUCGCCAGUGUGGGUGUGGACCAUAAGGCCAUACUGGAGAGACUACCAAACUGGGACCCUGAAAAGCACUGAAAGAAACAAACACAGAGCCAUUGGUGGUGUGGUCAGGGGAAGGGAAACAUGUGGUAGCCCUUUUCUGUAAUGAAGAGUGGUCUGUAAUUAUUUCCAGGCCUGCACGAUUUCAUCAUCGUGGGACACCAAACAUCUACCAGCCAGAUGGAUUGGAGUCACUGUCACUGGCCACUGGGCAGGACUGUGGAACCGACAUAGCUGCAACUAAAAACUGCCAUGAUUGACUUAAUGGCUCUGACUACACACUCAUGCAUGCAUACUUGCAGCUAGGAGAAAUGAUACAUCUUCUUCAUGUGCAUAUACAUACAAACACAUGCUAACAGUGAACACUGGACAACAGUAGCCAUCCCCAAACCCCUUCCUUCAUUCUCAGUGGAGAACAGGAUGACUGGAACAUGAAAUGUUAAACUGAAGAGAACAUUACAACAAAUAAUAUUUCUUUUCAUCAUUUGAAGUCCCAUCUUCAUCACAUAACAUUCAAACAUCUUAGCUCAGUUAGUGAAGCGACCACCUGUCAUUUGAGACUAGAUAGAAACUGACAAGGAACAAGGAGCCGUGGUGGAAAACAAUCACUCUUACUGGCACUUGAUGCUACUUUAGCAACAAACCCUAUGUUUGCCAGCAUCAAUUCACUUCACACUGUGUUUCAAUGAUCUGGCACUGAGAUGGAACAUAUCAGCUUUGGAUUGGCAGUCAAUACUCAUCAGUGGGGCCUCAGUUCCAUUGGAAAGCAUGGCAAGCUUGGCUUUGCUCACACUGUUGAUGCUAGUCUCUCAAACUCUGCAUCAGGACUCAAGUAGUAUAUUUUAAAGAGCCAGGGCUUCAAUGUAAGUGUGUUGAUUUGGUUUUCAUAAUAAAGUUAAGAAACACCAUUUUUGCAAAGAGCAGUGUAUACCAAGCAAAACUCAAAGGAAACAAAAUAUUAAAAAUGAUUUGAUAAAUUGAUUUCAGAGUAACCACCACAUAUUUCAUUUCAAUUGAGAAGUGAAUCUGAGAAAGUAUUUUCAAAAAGGCAAACUGCUAAAACUUUUUGUAGAUUAUAUUAUUUUCCAAGCCAUGGCAAAACCCAGAGAAGAUCAGAUUUACUAAGUUACUGAUUUUGCUGAAACAGGCCAAAAAGCCUCCAACAAGCAAAUGUUUUAUUACAAAAUGACAAAGAUUAAAUGGUAAAAAGGGAAAUUGAGUGAAUAUUUUAUGAAAAGUUAUCUAUUUUCACAGCUGAUUACUCGGGAUGAAAUGUGUUUUUUUUUUUUUUUUUUCUCUGUUCGAUACACGAUAUGAGGUUUACAAUUCAAUCACAAUAUAAAUUAAAAGUUCAAUGGCAACAAUA